AUGGACCAAGAUCGACGUAAACACAAGCAUGAAGGUUCCGAUCACGGCGGCGAAGACGCCGAGAACGUGAAGCGAUCUUCUUCACCUCGGGGUGGUGGUGGUGCAAUUCACGUUGAUGAGGCUGUUGCUGUUGAGAAUCCUUCUCCACCGCCGGCGCUGCGCGAGUGCAACAUCUGCGGCAAGACAUUCACGAACGGAAAAGCGCUUGGCGGUCACCGGAGAUCGCACUUUCAAGCAUUGAAGAAGAACAUCAACAAGGUGAAUAAACCCCCAAAUCACUUAUCAAAAGUUGUUCAUAAUAAUAGGGCUAGUAGUAAUAACAAUUGUGGCGGUGUUGGUGGUGUUGUUGAUGUUGAUAAUCGCACAUGUUAUGUUUGUAAAAAAGAGUUCCCUACGAAGAAUGCUUUGUUUGGUCACAUGAGAUCUCACCCUAGAGAUUGGACUGGUCUUCACCCUCCUCCAAGUUCUUCUUCGGCUUCAUCUGAGGAAGAUUCGGAAGAAGAAGAUUGGAGGGUGAAUGUUAAUGAUGUUGCACCACCCUCCAUUGAUCUUUCAAAGCUCACAUCACCAAGUUGGAGAAAGACUGAUAGAAGAGGUAGAAAGUGUAUUGGUAAUUAUGAGGCUGCUAGGAAUUUGAUGUACAUUUCAGCUGCUGAUUGUUGUGUUGCUCAGUUUUCUUGUAAUGAUCUUCAUGUCACUUCAAAGGCAAAGAGUACUACUACUACUCCUCCUGAAUUGUUACUUCCAUGUAAGAAAAGGGAGAUUGGUGAAUCUGCUGAAGGAAAUUCAGUGAAGAAGAUCAAGUUUGUUCUUAGUGGGUCAUUCAAUUUGGGGAACAACAAAACUGAGAAUGGGGCUGCAGGUGGUGGUGAUGAGUCAGUAAAAACUGAGUUUAGUCCUGUUAAGUUGUUGCAUGAUCAUGAUGAUGGUGGUGAUUAUUUUGAUGAAAGGAAGGUGAGCUUUUUGAGUAAAUGUCAUGAUCAGAAGAAUAAGAGCAUUGAGUGUUCGAAAGAUUCAUCAACAUCUCAUGAAAAUGAGGCUCAGAAAUAUACAUGUGACACUUGUGGGAAAACUUUUUCUACUUUUCAAGGCUUAGGGGGACACAGAUCCAUUCAUAAGCUGAAGAAUAAGGUAACUGAAGAUCAGGAGAAUUCUAGCUCUCGUAAAAUGGAUCAUGAGACUCCUCCCGUGGGUGAAGCAACAGUAGCAGAUGAAGAACCCGGUCAACCUAGAGGUCCAAAAGGACUUGACAUUGAUCUCAAUGAGCCAUAUUUUGAUGAUUAA